CCCAUUGCCCAAAUAUCCCAGCGCGCGCACGUUUCCUGCCGAAUGGACUUCGCGGUGAAUGCGCCCUGGCCUUUAUGACGCGCGCCGCUCACAUUUAAGAAAACCCCCAGACUUCAGCUACUCUACUGUAGUCCACACAAAGGACGUGCCGAUCCGGGUUCCAGAAUGACACUGUAGAACGUGUCUCGAUUCGAAUUCAGCUGGAGCGCCGCGGUUCGAAAAUCCGCUCUGCGUUAUGAGAGAAACGGAUACGAGAAUGUUCGUUUCCUGCGGACGGAUAUAAGUUUAAGAGCAUUUAUUACUCGAUCUUCAUUUCUACAUUACGUCAAGGGGGGAUAAACGGACGGGCCGGGGGGCAACAGUCGUUUGCUUUCAUUGAGAAGAGGAACAUCGAUAUUAUUCGUGCAGACAGACGUCUUCGUGACUGUCCAUUCCAUUCUGUGGCUGUCUGAUUACUAGCCGUGCUCCCGAAGCCUCCGUUUCCACAAUGCAGUUUCGGACAGUUUUGGAUGUAAAAGUGGUGGAUGUGGAGAAGAGGAGGAAUCCAUCCAAACAUUACGUGUAUCUCAUCAAUGUCACAUACUCUGACUCCACGUCCCACAUCAUCUACAGAAGAUACAGUAAAUUCUUUGACCUUCAGAUGCAGAUUCUUGACAAGUUCCCAAUCGAGGGAGGACAGAAAGAUCCCAAAAAAAGGAUUAUCCCAUUUCUUCCAGGCAAAAUCCUAUUUCGACGAAGUCAUGUGAGAGACGUGGCCAUGAAGAGACUACGCUUUCUGGAUGACUAUUGUAGAGCGCUGGUCCGGCUUCCCACCCAGAUCUCGCAGAGUGAAGAAGUUCUCCGUUUCUUCGAGACCAAACCAGAUGAUAUCAACCCUCCCGUAGAGGAUUAUGGAUCCAAACGCAAGUCAGUUUGGAUGUAUGGCCUUCAGGACAGUCCAACAAAAUCUGAGGCCUCAGGAUUGGACAGCAGUGAGCCCAUGGUGCUGGAGCAGUACAUGGUGGUGGCCAACUAUGAGCGGCAGGAGAACUCUGAGAUCAGCCUGAAGGCUGGAGAGAUGGUGGACGUAAUCGAGAAGAGCGAAAGCGGCUGGUGGUUUGUCAGCACAGCUGAAGAACAAGGCUGGGUUCCUGCCACAUACCUGGACUCUCAGAGCGGCACCAGAGAUGAUCUGGACCUGGGAACAUCUAGAUCUGGAGAAGUUACUAAGAGACGUAAGGCUCAUCUGAAGAGGCUCGACCGGAGAUGGACGCUAGGGGGAAUAGUCAACCGCCAACAGAGUCGAGAGGAGAAAUAUGUCACUGUCCAGGCAUAUACCAGUCAGGGAAAGGAUGAGAUUGGGUUCGAGAAAGGAGUAACCGUGGAGGUCAUCCAGAAGAACCUGGAGGGAUGGUGGUACAUCAGGUAUCAGGGUAAAGAAGGCUGGGCCCCAGCCUCAUACCUGAAAAAACUGAAAGAUGACCUUUCCCCAAGGAAGAAGACUCUGACUGGCCCUGUGGAGAUUAUCGGAAACAUAAUGGAGAUCAGUAACCUCCUCAGCAAGAAGGCUGUAAGCGAGAAGGACAUUCAAACUGACGGAGAAGCCACCAGCCCUGAGCGCCACAUCUCCAAAAGUGAAAUCAGUUUACCUAUCCCACAUGCCUCAGAGGCUGGAGUGGCACCCACAGUGGUCGCUGGUUUGGGAAUGAACUCUGGAUCUAGCACUGCCCUACAGGAGAACAAGAGCAGGGCAGAGCCGGGGUCACCUGCCAUAGCCCGGGUGGCACCACACAGAGUUGAGAUAGGAUUUGAUGCCAUUGGAUCUCCAAACCUCAGACAUAAACCUCCUCCUCGAAGAGAUACAAAUCUGGCAUUCCAGUUACCCAAACCUCCAGAUGCCCCUACUGUGGAAGCAGAGUACUACACCAUAGCAGAGUUUCAAUCCAGUAUCUCAGAUGGCAUCAGCUUCCAUGGAGGACAAAAGGCUGAUGUCAUAGAGAAGAAUUCUAGUGGUUGGUGGUAUGUCCAGAUCGGGGAUAUGGAGGGCUGGGCACCCUGUUCCUUUAUCGAUAAACGCAAGAAGCCCAACCUGAGCCGGCGAACCAGCACACUUACCCGCCCUAAAGUUCCACCCCCUGCUCCACCAGUCAAGAAACCAGACUCAGAGGAAUCACCUUCUCUGGCUAGCUCUGCCUCCAAAGCUCCAGAAUCCCCCACUCAGCGUGUCUAUGAGGAGCCGGAAUAUGAUGUUCCCGCCAUUGGUUUUGACUCCGAUCUGGAAAGCAAUCCUCCAAAACAAAAAACAAAUAAUUCCCCGAAACCAGAGCCUCGUAAGUUUGAAAUUAAAAGCAAUCCAGCAGCUGCUGAAAGGAUUGCACAGGCUGGUAAAGCAUCGCCUUUACUAAAAGUGAUGACUUCCCCCUUGAGGAAAAGAAACUCAUUGGAGAAUGUCAAUAAGGAAGAGGUGAUUUAUGAAAAUGAAGGAUUUAGGUUCUCCUCUGAUGACUUUGCCAGUGGUCGCGAUUCAGAUACCCCAAGGAGUCUCACAUUGGGUCGUAAACCCUUCGGGUCCUCCUCUGGAGGAGGGAAGCCCCUCCGGAAGGUAUCGCCGGAUCUAAGCCGGAGUCACUCUCUUGGCCGUGCUGAGAGACACUCCUCCAAGUCAUCAUCAGACGAAUCAGGACGCAAUCCCAAAAGAGAGCCUGUCAUGCGAAAAGAUGUAGAGAUUCGGGUUGGUCAAAGUCCCUUAGCCAGGCCCAAACCAGUGGUUCGACCCAAACCUCUGUUUACAAAAUCAGAGUCCCAAAGUCCCGAAAGAAUGGACAUCAGCAGCCUACGCCGCCAGCUUCGGCCCACCGGGAGUCUUCGGCAAGGUGCACUCCGUGCAGUACGAGGUGGUGAAGAUUCUGAGACUGCUUCCGUUGUGUCCUCUGAGGAUACCAUCUCCUCAAGAAGUACCUCCGAUCUCUCCAGCGUCUAUUCCAAAGGUAGUCGAGGUGGGGAAUCCGACCAUGAAAGUGUGCUCUACAGGACCACAGAUGCCUAUAAACGAGCCCAAGAGUCAGAGGUCAGCUUCCCAGCUGGUGUGGAGGUUGAGGUACUGGAGAAGCAGGAAAGUGGAUGGUGGUAUAUCCGUUGGGGAGAUGAUGAGGGUUGGGCACCUACUUUCUAUUUGGAGCCAGUCAAGCAUACCCAUGACGUCGGUGUACAAGAAUCCCCUAAUGGCCCUCUUGUUGAUCUUAGUAGCACCAACAAGUCCAACAGCCUCGAGAAAAAUGAGCAGCGUGUUAAGGCACUCAACAACCUAAACCAGCAGAACCUGAGGAGUAUGAGCAACCCUAGUCCACCAAUCCCAUCCAAACCACCAGGGGGUUUUAGCAAACCAAACCCAAUGCUGAACGGUUCAGGCGUACGGAUGCGUAGCGGUGUUCGUCAGGCAUCAGUGCGACCACAGUCAGUGUUUGUGUCUCCACCACAGCCUCUGAAGGACACCAACAUCCACACAGGGUCUUUGAGAAGAAAUGAAUCACUGGGCACAGGCGACCACUUGAGGUCCACAGGCGGCGUAAGGCGAAACUCCUCCUUCUCUGCCGUGCGACCGCAGCCGGUGACCGAUGUACGGGUCAGGUCUGGGACCACCAUUACAGCACCCGCCGGAAAUUCAAGUCCCCUGACUGCCCAGAGAAAUGGAAUUCCAAUCUCUACAGUAAGACCCAAGCCCAUCGAGAAGGCGCAGCUCAUUCACAACAACCUUCGAGAGGUUUACGUAUCUAUUGCUGAUUACCGUGGCGACGAAGAGACCAUGGGUUUCUCAGAGGGCGCUAGUCUUGAAGUUUUGGAGAAGAAUCCAAAUGGAUGGUGGUACUGCCAGGCUCUCGAUGGCUUACAGGGACGUAAAGGCUGGGUACCAUCUAACUACCUGGAGAGAAAAAAGUAAUUCCCCAAAAAUGUUUUAAACAUGGACAAUUGUAAUCAAAAUGUAAAAAGAUGAGCUGACUGAAGGACUUUUGGUUUGAAACGAGACAGACAGAGCCUUUUAGAAAGGAGUUUACAUUCAAACUAGAGUAAUGCAGGUGAAUGUUAAGCAAAAUACCUGCCAUAACUUUAUGCCAAAUGGGUGCCUUCGUACAUCUUUCACUAAAUGUUAAGAGGAAUCAGUCAAAUGCCAGUAAAGCAAUGAAAAUACCAAAUUUCAACUUAGUGCCAUAGGCCUACAAGUACAGUGAGCAACAAAUGUAUUUUUGUUACAACAUUAAUGAGAGAAAGGGAUAAUUUCAUCAUAGGUGCAUAACAAAAAGUGCAAAUCCAAUCAUAAGCACUUGAAAACAAGAAAUUCCUGUAAAAAUCAUUUUGAACAAAAAACCAACAUCAAUUGUUAUCUUAGCAUUGAGUGCACUCAAAGAAGCAAAGCAUAACUUUGAUUGUCGUUUUUUUUAAAAACGUAUCCUUUUUUUAUUGUUUUGAGUUGAUGUUUGUUAUAUCUUCCUUAGAGAUGUAUUUCUGCUUUCUUGUAACAUCAUAACACAUCAAAACUGAGUCACAUCCUGUCCUGAUCAGUUGCUGGUCAUCAUUUGUGUUUCCCAUUCUUUAAAUAUGCACAGGCCAAAAUGAAUAAAACAUGUUAAAAGAAAAUAGUCUGUGAAAGCUACAUGCAUAGAUCACCUCAUGCCCACUUAAUUAUUAAGUUUAGUUUAAAAGGUGCAUGUUUAUAUGGGAGGGUAGACGGCUUCAGAGGACAGGAGUUUAGAUAUGGCUGCUGUGUGUGCUAAAUCUGUUAAUUGAAGAAAUUAGGACUGGAAAAUCUUUUGUUUUGUUCAGCAUUUUAUCCCAGGGAAGUAGUGACAUAAAAUUGAGCCCAAAAUGUGAUCUCAGCAAAGAA